GCCGCGCAUUGCGCACCGAGUUCAUCAUAGACAGACCAAUCUCCCUGACAGCUCCUCGUCGGGUUUGAACGGAGGUGGAAUCAUCAGAUUCUGUCUAUCUCCUCUUGGACUCACAGUAGCGUGUCGGUAUAAACGAAACGUAGAAACACACGACGAUAAACGAAAGUGUGGCAAGGUCUUGGGUCGUUCGCGCGGAAUCUUCGGCCAUCGCAGACGCUUAAUGCCCAGCUAUCGCGGUCGAACUCGCGGUUUAUCGAGUAGCCCUUCUUCUCCCUCCCUUCGAUCAUACCGAAGGUUUCAUCUCCCGUUACGCCUUUCUCUCCCUACGAAGACGCCUUUCUUCCUCUUCAUCCCGGUGUCCCAGAUUCUUUUUAUCCGUUCUAAUUUCGAACGACCUGAACUGUGCGUCCCAAUUCGCCCUUAUCACACCUUUCUUGCGUCUCUUGUUCUCAGUUCCCCGCGACGCUUUUCUCUUUCACGUUAAGCCCUCCCGAUCCUCUGAACCAGUCGAAGGAGGAGAACACGGACGUCGUCCACCGUUGAAGCGACGCGUUCCUUCAGCGACGUCCGCGGCAACGUGUCAACGGGCUCCUCGGUAUCGCCGGUUCGUCAGCGCGUAACGCGACCGCGGGAAGUUUGCUGUUCGACUGUUUGCACGGACGAAAACGAUAACCGCGGAGGUGCGCUCGCAAAAGACAGACCGAGAGAGAAGGAUAGAGAAAGACGGGACGAGACCAACGAGGUGGAAGAGGAACAACACAUAGCCGAAGGAGGGGGAUGUGUGCGUGGGAGGAGUAAGAGAUCCCGGAGGGCGACUUUUCUUUUAUUUGAGCUUGACACUUCGCCGUGAACGCGCGCACACACCGGAAGUACCGAGACCCAAACGGCCUUCUUCUUGUUCUCCUUUUUGGACACGUUCGCUAAGGGCAUCGGAAACCCGCCAGAGUAGAUGGGAGGAUCCACCACCGGUCCUGGUCCGGAUUUCACGAGGGUGCGACGACCAUAACAGAAUGCCACGAUACCUGACGGUGAAUGGGCUGAAGGGCGCAGCGAUGACCGUCAUCGCGGCCGGCCGAGGAUAGACGCGCUCUCCGCGCUCCUUACUCCGGGUAUCCAGAAGUGUUCAUUCGGUUCGUGGGAUGUGGAGUAUCCAUGGGACAAGGAUGAGCGAACUGCACGGACAUGUUCGACGUUGACGUACCGGUGCGACGUUCGCGACAGCAGUGUCAGUGACAUAUUCGACUAGCCAAAGUAAUUUGAAAGGAAUUUGUUGGUUGCGCGAAGAUACCGACAGUAUUCUUAUCCCCAAAGACAGGAGACGAGUUCAACUUGAGACCAAAGGUGUUCCAAUAUUUAUCGCACUGCCGGUGUCCAGGAAUCGAAUAGGACAGCUACGUCGGACCGGAAAGAGUAAUACGGGAAGAAACGCUAAAAGAACGGGGUGUGGAUCUGAAGAGUUCUUGGUUAACGAACUGUUCGAUCGUCAUCGAGGAUAUUGUCCCGGGGUUACUUUUCGGAGAGCGGCCGACCCUUUCGGAACGGCGAAACUGGAAGCUCUCGAAUCGUACAGAACGUCAAAGCAGAAGCGCCGGUGCCCGGGGCGAGGAGGAGUCCUCGACGCGUGCCAGACCGCUGAUCACAGGCACCGCGCCACAGAGACGGGAGUCGAAGAGUAGGAGAGAGAGAAAGGGAUUCGGAAAAAGGAAACCGUGCAGAGAAACAUACAGAGAGAAAGAAAGAACGAGGACGACAACGCGUAUCGGCGUCUCUUGAGCGAAGGGGUCCUUUUCCGUUUGGGUGCUAGGGUGGGCAACCGCGCGAAGAAUAAGAGAACGUCCUCGGGGCGAUGACAGGAUGCCUCCUUCUCGAUUAGGACGCGCCUGCGAAGGACCACCGUCUAGGAUCACCAUUAGAAUCGGACCUACCAUCGCCCUGUUGCUGAUUCUCUUCGAAAAUCGUCGCGCGACCUGCUUAAUGAGCAACUCGGUGGACGAUUGGGUGAGCGGGAACGCAGUGGUCUGCAAAGGUAUUCCGGGCCUGGCCAAAGAGCAACAAGAGUUAUGCCAGAGAAAUCCGGACGUGACGGUGGCCGCGAUCAAAGGUUUGCAAAUGGCGAUAUCCGAGUGUCAGCAUCAGUUCAUGUGGCACAGGUGGAACUGUUCAUCCCUCACGCCCAGGAGCAGAACUCAACAGAGCAGCGUUCUCCUCAAGAGAGGUUACAGAGAGACCGCGUUCGCGUACGCGAUUUCGGCUGCGGGGGUGGCCCACAGCGUGGCCCGUGCUUGUAGCAUGGGUCGUUUGCUCUCCUGCGGAUGCGACCCGUCGAGUUACAAGGGUAAACCGCCCGCCAAGGCCAGGGGCACCCAAUGGAAGUGGGGCGGGUGCUCUCACAAUCUCGACUACGGCAUGGAGUUCUCGAGACAGUUCCUAGACACGCGCGAGAGGCUCGGGGAUAUGCAAUCGACAGUCAAUCUCCACAACAAUCAAGCUGGCCGCUUAGCGGUGGCGAGCAACAUGCAGGUACGCUGCAAGUGCCACGGAAUGUCAGGUUCCUGCGAGUUGAAGACCUGCUGGAAAGUGGCACCCGACUUUCGACUGGUUGGGAAAACGUUGAAGGAUCGGUUUCGAAACGCGGUACUGGUCGUGCACAGCAAUUUCGGUAGUGUGACACCGGUUACCAGAGUGAGAGGAUCGCGUAGAAGGAGGCCCGACCGACAGAGACAGAGGAAACAUCGCGGGGGCGGCGGUGGCGGCGGUGGUCGCAAGAGAAGACCGCGAGAUCUCGCGAAACAGUUGUUCUACUAUCAAAAAUCUCCGAAUUUCUGCGAGAAGGAUCCCAGCGCUGAUAUUCCCGGCACCGCUGGCCGCAGAUGCAACAAGACCAGUUCCAGUGGCGACGGAUGCGCCAGCUUGUGUUGCGGAAGGGGUUACAACGUCGUUAGACAACGACGGGUCGAGAGAUGUAAAUGCAAAUUUCAUUGGUGCUGUUUCGUGCAAUGCCAGAACUGCACCGUCGAAGAAUGGAUCACGGUUUGCAAGUGAAAAUGAACAUUGUCAACGUGAAAUUCGAAAGAAUAGGGCGCCCAGCAUGUAACGGCGAACGUACGGAUUAAAUCGGAUCGAGGUAUCGAAUCGAUUAAAAUUUCGGUUGUUAUCACAUCGUCAAGAACACCGCGAGAAUUUAAUCGUCCGUAAGAGGACGGUAGCAGACGUUUAAGAAUAAAUGAAUCAACGAAUGUGUUUUCGUGCUUCAGGCUACGAUCGUAACAUAAAAACGCGUGGUUCGUGAAUAAACACACUAGACAACCGUACUUUCAUUCACGCUUAGUACAUUAAUGAAGGCACUGAAAAUCGUAAACGAUCGAAACAGAGCCAUGCGUGGUAAACAAUGCAACGGAUGUAAUUGUUUUUAAUCGCGCGAAUAAAUAUAAUUUAAUCGAUAGACUUUAAGCGAGCCAAUAAUUUAUUUGUAACGUUGUCUCUAUUUAAUUAGUAGGUAAUUUUAAUAUCCACAGCAACAACUGUAAGAACCUCCGUCACAGUAUUAUUAGAAACGAAGUAAAUUGUGCGCGCGUAAGAUUUGGAAUGAAUGCGAUUGUAUACAAUUUAAUAUUGCGCAUAAAAUAAAGAGUUCCU